UGAAGCCGACUUAUCCCAAUUUGAUAGUAUUUUUGAUACAAACAUAAGAUCCGUCAUCACACUAACCAAACUUUGUGUUCCACAUUUGGAAAAAACAAAAGAUGAAAAACCUCUAGACGAGGUUAAAAUGGAGUGACGCUCCUGUGCGUGGAUUUACCACUCAAAAUGACUGAUAUCAUUUUGAGUGACGCUUUGACGCUGUAUUAUCUCUGGAUACGAAGUUCAGAAGUGUUUUUCGCAUUGACUAUUGUACAAAUUUAUUUACAAUAAGGAAAAAUAUCGCGUCACGACUUUUACACGGCAAAAUGCUUAAAAGCUUCAAAGGGAUAUUGCAACUUUUUUGACCAGAAAAAACGCCAUCUUACGUCGUGCCCGUAAAUUAUUUUACUGUACAUUUCGAUGGUAGAGCUUGAACAAAAGUUCGACACUAUGCAUAAACUUGGAAAGAGCUUGAUAAACUUGAUGAAAUACAUAUAUUUUAUGGUAGUUGCAAUACCCCUAUGAAAAGCUUUGAAACAAAAUUCAAAAGUCUUUCUCAUAUUGGUUAUCGUAAAAAAACAAAAUGCACCGAAGCAAAUAUUCCAAUUGUUCUGGGGUUACUGCGCCAACUAUUUUUGCAUAUUCAUCAAAGGCUAUUCGAACUUCCUUUUUACAGCGCACACGCACCAAGAAACUUCGAAUGUGUGAUUGGAUUGUUAUUUCUCCAGUAUGCUGCUUUCGUACUUCAGCCCGUUUCAGUCGUUCCAGCUGAGCACGACGGAUCAGAAUUUCUCUAUCAUUGGUAUUUGACACACCACCCAAAUUUUGUGACGGUGUUCGCUUAUAAUUGCCUUCAAAACAAAACAUUUCUCAAUGCUAAUCGACUGGUAUCACUGGUUGAUCUGGCGACUAUCACCUGUGCAUCAAAAUAAACCAUCAAUAUUUUCAAAUUGAUCAAUUCAAAACGACAAAUUUACCUAAUUAUAAUCCAAUUAGUAUGUAUGGUAAAUUCUAAUCACUAAACUGCAAAACCAAAAUCAUUCACAAUUUACAUUUACACGUAAUUAUCGAAUAAAAUUAUAGCAUCAGGCAGCAUUAUUUGUCUGUCAAUUAAUCUAUUUGAUUCGUUUGUUGUUCGAAUCGCCGUGAUCGCGUUAUUGUUAUUUGAUUGGUAUCAAUACAAUUUUUUAGUUCUUUAAGUAGCUGUAUCAAUGAAACGUUGAAAAGCAACGAAUUUAAUUCCACCUUUCGCUACAAUCAAUCACAAAUUUUUUCAAUGUCCAUUGUAUGUGACAAAAUUUAAACAAAAAGGAUAAUUAAAUGAAAGUGACUAAACAACAUUUUUCUUCCUAUGUUACGAACUACGGUGCUGUCAAAUUAAAUUUUUUUUUUUUUUUAAAUCAUCAUUGAAUCGUUCGAUGACAUAAAACGUCAGAAGGUACGCUAACUAAUAUUCAAGCAAAAUUGUAUCUGUUUACAUUUUGAGCGGAGCCAACUUCAUGCGGUUCGUAUUGCAUGACUUUUGUUUUGUGUCAAAAUGAACAAAUACAUUCACACGGAAUUUCUCGCAAGAAAUUGUUGAACAACACAAAAUCAUUGAAUAGUUUCUGGAAAAAUGGAUGUGAUAGACUAUGAAAUUGAAGAGAUAAACAAAAUUGUGGAACGAGUGAUAUGCAGUUCAAAAUUAAUUGCAUGUAUAAGAAGUCUGAUUCGUAUUAAUAUUAAACAAACCGAAUCUCGACAAAUUACUGUGUGCAUUCGGUUUCCGUCCAAUUAUCCCAGCGAGCAUCUCUUGGUUGAACUGAAGAGUCCUACCAUAAGUGGAAAAAUACUCGAUGGUUUGACAACAUUGGCUGAGCAAAAAGCUAGCGAAUUUCUUGGAAAACCACAGACACUACAUACGUUGAAAUUCAUUGAUAAUUAUCUUCAAGAGAAUCCACUUUGUAUAGCUUAUGAUGAGAUUUUUGCAGUCAAGCAAUUGUUGAGACGAAAAAAUGACCUCGGCUCAUGUGGCGGCGAGUUAAAGUGUCUGCAAAAAACGUCGAAUGUGUCGUUAGUUGUAAACGAAAGCGAUUACUUCUUUAAAGCCAAAUACCAUGUGCCCGAAGAAUAUCCAACGAAAUGUAUUGAAUUUCUUGAGCAUAAGAGUAACUUUCCCGAUGCGUUGUUGCGAUUUUUGAAUGGCCAAGCGAAAGAAAUUGCACGAAAAUGUGUCGAACCACCACUUCGUGCAAAUAUCAAAAGUGAUUUUGUAGUUAAACCAAGCCUUUUACCAUCGCUUCGAUUUCUUAUUGAAGCCAUAUCAGAUUUUACCAGCGAAUUAUGUCCGGUGUGUAAUUUCAAAUGUUUACCGGCCAAGGCAGCCGAUGUAGAAUUACGUGACACCGCUGAUCUUUAUGCGGAACGCGUCUAUUGCGGUCAUAUUUAUCAUUUGGGCUGUUUGAAAAAAUAUAUGCGAGAGCCGCCAUUUCCUUUGGGUGGAAAGACAUGUCCUGCCAAAAAACCUCAUCCCCGUUCUGAUAGCAAUAAAGGGACAAAAGACUCGAAUGGAACACAGCCAAUCAAAAAUCGAAAGCCAAACCAACUGACCGACGAAAAUAUUUGCGGUCUUCGAAUUUCGCAUGACCGAUGGGCACUAAAUGUUAAACUGGCCGAAGCACGAUGGGCGCAACAACAAGCUAGAGAACGUGAACUUGAAGAAGUUAAGGACUUUUUGCAAUAAUAAAUCAUUUCAAGAUUAAUUUUGCAAGAAUUUUGAGAACUACAGAAUAACUUAAAAAAAGACAAAUAAACAAUAAUAAAAGCAGCAAAGUUGUUUUCAUGUCA